AUGUUGUUGGAGAGCAGCUCGAUGAUCGAGUCGCGCACAGACGCGUACUGUUCCACCAGACGAACGGCGAGAGACUGUUUGAUUUUCGGCAGCGUCACCAGCGAAGGCUCGCACGAAAUGAGCAGCGACAGGUUCUUGAUGGCGCGGUUUCGGGAUUUCGUUUUUGGGUGGUCCAACGAGUUGACAAUGAGGUUGAGGAACCCGUCAAACGACUCCAACAACGUCUCGCAGCCAGAGUACUCUGGGUACUCGAGCAUGGCAAGAAGAUCCUCGAUGAAGUUUUCUAAAACACGUUUCCCCGUGGCAUCCGUCAACAAACUCGUACACGGCUGCGUUCAGAUCUUGGCGUUUCUUGCCGCUCACUUUCCAGUACGCGUCGUCAAACUCGUAGCAGAUGGUGAACGACUGCACCAGACGCACCAGCAGCAUGGUGACGAGCUGGACGCUGAACCCGCGCGCGAGAUGGUAGUGCCGCGCGUGCGACUUGUUGGCCGGCAACGUGUCGAAGCUGUUGACGAUCUCGUUGAGCAGGAACACGCGCUGGUCCGGGUUUCUGUUGAAUAUCUCAUAGAUAACGUUGGAAGCUGCCACGCGGAGUUUAUCGUGGAACACCGACCGACUGGCCCCGUCAAAACAGAGUUUGAGCGUGUGAUACUCCAGCUUGGUGGCUAUGGAGUCCUCCAUGUUGUUCCACUUGGCACGAACUCCAGCACAGACGUCAGGUACGUCUCCAGAUACAGCUGUCUGUCUGUGUGGGCGCUUGUGAGCACAAUCAGGAGGAGAAUUGCGCAUUUUGACGGCACCAGGGCUGCCUCGAGCUCGGCGUCGGUGUUGUCCACAAACUGGAAGUCGAUCGACCGCACACAGGCGUCGGCCAGAGUGAUGAGCAGUUUCGAGUCCAUCUGUCGCAGCAGUUUCGAGUACCACAGCCGGUUCAUAGCAAUCUCGAGCGUUGUGAGUGUUUCCAAGUCCAGAACGAACGGGUUUGUCACCACGGCCACAAACGUGUUUCUGGCAUCCUCGUGCAAGCUUUCGGAGUCGAUGUGCACUACCGGCAGGUCCUGUUCAACCGCGGCAGGAAUCUCGUGCACGUUGAGGGCCUUGGAGUCGAGAUCAACGGCAGAGUUGUCAAUCUUGAUCCGUUUCACCUUGAGAUCGGGCUUUGUCCACGCGCGCUUCGAGGGCAUCGACUGGAGAAUGUGGGCUUCCAACGGAUUGGUCGGGGGUUUUGGCUCGUAUGUAUGUUUGGAAAGGCGCAAAGCCGGUUUCUUAAACGUGAUGUUCUUCAAUUGGUCAGAGACCCGGAACUCGGAGAUCAACUGCUGGUCUAUCGAACUUGUCCCUUGUGAAGACGCGUGCAACGGUUCGACCAAACGGACCUCGAACGGGCCACUAAACGGCACAACUUAUCGUUAG